AUGUCCCUUCAGGGAUCCAUUAUCACCUCUCUCACAGCAUUCAAGAAAACCAUCAAGGAAUACAACGACAUGAUUCAGCAGACUCAGGGCAGUGACGAAAAGCACCGCAUACGAUUGGACAAGUUCAACAAUGAGUUGGAUCAAUUCCAGCAAAAGUUCGACUCUUUACGCCAGCAAAGAGAGACUCUUCUUCAAGAGAACAACCAACAGGAGCUUAUGGGAAGAAGGCAUGUCGGGGGAUCAGAUAACCCGUAUGAAUUGAACAACCAAGGAAGCUAUGGCUACAAUCAGCAGCAACAGCAACAGUCGAUGUCGUACCUGGAAGGUUUGUACAAGGAGAAGCAAUCUCUCUCUAGGGGUAGUCAGCAACUUGACCAAAUCUUGGAAAUGGGUCAAAGCGCCUUCGAGGAUCUCGUAGAGCAAAACGAGACGCUAAAGAAACUCGGGUCAAAGUUCUCGCAGAGCUUGAUCACUUUGGGUGUUUCUCAAGGUACCAUUCGCACUAUCGAGAAAAGAGCCAAGCAAGACAAGUGGAUUUUUUGGGGAGGAGUAUUGAUUUUCUUUGUGAUCUGCUUCUACUUGGUCCGCUGGUUCCACUGA